UAUUAGACAAAUAGUACUUAAACAGAAAGAAAGUACAAUGGAAUAGUUUUAGUCGACUAAAAUAUAUCAGUACGAAAUAUCUAUCUCAUCGAAGAAAGGGAUUGAUAUAAAGCGAUUAAAUCAACAGCACCCCUUGCCACCAAAAUACUUUGACAUGUGUGAUGGAAGCAGGCAGCAAAUGGAGAAUUACAUCGUAAGAGAGUUCCAAAACUUACAUGUUUUGUCUACAUGUAACUUAGAGAAAAUGGACGAAUUAGUUCAAGAUUUAACCAAUGCUCUUGAAGAAACAUCCAGGAACAAUGGGGAAGAAAAUUCGGCACCGACCAUUAUCAGAAGGCAUUACAAGAAGAAAAAACCCCGAAAACGGCGGUCGAACACCAACUUGAUAUGGGAAAGUGGCAACUUCAGCGAAGCCUCAGAAAGCAGUUUAGAUGAAGCUUUUAAAGACUACAUCCAGAGUGUUGUUCAGCACAGUGAUUCGGAUGACUUGGACGUUGUUAAACAUCUAUCCCAAAUAGGACUUCCUCUUCCUGCUAUGGUUCCACCUGUGGAAUCCGAUUCCGUACCAGAAACUUUUUCCCCGACUGACACGCAACGGAGACGGAGAAAAUUUCGCAGUAUGACUGUCGACCCGAUCUCCUGCGACCACUUUACUCUGACUCGGUGUAAAACCAAAGGUUCACGGAUCUCGACGCGACAGAGGAUGUUUCACGAUGGCAACAUGAAUUUAAAAUGUUUAACCGAGUCAGACGACGCUAUGAACAUUUUACCGGGGAAACGAAAACGAAGUCGCAAGUAUGACUUUUUUUGUACGAAUGGAAGCAACAGUGGUGAUAUCAGAAAAAUCGAACUUUCGUCCUUCAAUCAUGACAAUACUAGCAGCUCAUUGAGUAGCAGCGAGAGUGAUGCAGGUUUAAUUACCAACGAUGAAUCUCGAGAAGCUGAUGACGAACAGAGUGAUUUCUACUAUGAACCAGGGUCUGCCUGUGGAGUACCAAGCAUUAUUCCUAUUUGGGAAACAGAUAAGAUGGAUGAUGAAGACAAAGAGGAUGAGUUUCAAAAGAUUUUCACUGGGACAUUUGAACAUCUCCCAAAAUCUUCACAGCUAAGUUAUACUGCCAGAGUUAAAAAGUUAAUGUGUGGAAGACAAAUCCGUUCAGGGCGAAGAAAAUUAAAAGGAAAGAUUCCUGGGUAUUCCAUGUCAAGAUUUCUACAGGAACAGCAAAAAUGGAAUGCUUUACAGAUGAGACAUCGGACAUCUUUACAUGGGCACGAAUCAUGCGAUCAUAAACGGCAAAGAAAAAUUACAUCUUGUGAAGGGUGCCAAGGUGAAGAUACGGACACUAUAAGUGAAUCAAAUGGUGGAAACCAUUUAUUACAUAACACAAGUUUGAAAACAGGAUCAGAACAUAGUCUCUCAGGGGAGGGUGUUGCUCAACCUAUACAAACGGAUAUAUAUAAGAUCUAGAUGACCUGAGCCUUGACCCCCAACAAACAAGUGUUGGUCACUGGAACUGCCAAAUUACAGUUUAGUAUAUAUAUAUAUAUAUAUAUAUAUAUAUAUAAUGUUUCUCAGUUAUAAGGGAAAGAACAAUAAGAUCUAAGUUAAAACAAACAAGAAAAUCAUUAAAUCAUUUUUAGUUAUUUUGACACAAAAUCUAUAUUUGAGGAUGACAGAGUACAUCAGUCUAUUUAUUUAAUAAGAAAUCUAAAUCUUCUUGUAACCAGAAGAUAAAAUAUAUGCAGAAAAAAAUAAAUGUAUAACAACUCAGAUUAAGCUAGUGAAAGAUGGAAAAGCUAUUUAGUUUUAUCUUUGGAGAUAUCCUAACGAGGAUUCUAUCUUAGUGCCAAUGAAUUAGAGGUUCCAAAGCUCAUUUGAUCAAUUUGUCUCAUCAACAAAAUUUCAAAUUAAUUAUUCACAUCAUUGUUACAUUUUCAUUGAGAUUUAUUCCAUCCCUCCCUAAACCAUUUCCAAACAUAUGUCAUGUGUCUUUGUAUGUUUUGAUAUACUGUCUCCACACUCUCCAGCUUUUAUUGUUAUUUCAAAAUAAGGGCUGCAACUGGCAAAAUCGGUAGAGUGCUGAGGAAAAUGCCUUAUGCUUAUUUAACUAUGUUUCUUUGCACUCUGAGCUACAAUCCCUCUGGAAAUCAAUAAAAUGUUAUGCCAAUCAAGUACUUGGUUCAAUUUAAUUGAUUAUAAAUUCUGCCUAUGUGUUAGUGUUUGAAAUUUGGGGUCAGUUUUGUUUUUCAUCCUUCUGGGGUUGAUAAAAUGGGUACUAGUAAUAUAUUGGUAUUGAAUUAAUUGACUGUACCCUUCUUCAAACACACACUCAUCCCCUAAAGAAAUUUCUAAUCAUGUGUUAAUGUUAGAAAUCUCUUUUAUUAAUUCAGUAGAGCAUCAGACAGAAUACAUUUCAGUUUUUAAUUCUGGUUCUUUACAUUCUGUGUUCAGAUCUGAUCAGAGUCAAGUCAACUUUGCCUUUCAUCCUUCUUAGGGUGACAAAGUACCAGUCAAGUACUGGGUUUGAUUAAAAUUAUAUCUAUUCUUUAAAUCUGAGGCCUUGUACCUAUAUUAGAAAACAUUAUUAAUAAAUUGGAGAAUUUACAGAAAUAAUGCUCUGGACUAAAUAUUUUGCAGUAUUUAACUGUCUCACUUCAUUCUGGGUUGAAAUCCUGCAAAGGACACUUUUGUCUUUCACUUCACUUGGUGUUGACAAAGUAAGUACUUGUGUAUAGGAGUCAGUUCAAUGUAUACUUCUUCUACAAUAGCGAAGCUUUGUGCCAGUGUAAGAAAUCAUUAUGUGAGGCAUGGUUCAAUGUUGAAUGCAUAGCUAACAGAAUCCAUGGCCUGUCUAAAAUUCUGGUUGGUACGGCUUCAUUGACCAUGAUAAUCUACUUGGGAAAGACCCAAACUCCACGACUAUUUCAUCUCCAUGAUUCACACCUAAUUAAGCACAUGAAUAUUUAAUUAACAAUUUACAAAAAUCAAUUUGAAUAACCAUAUGGAUGGUUAAAAUAUAAAUACAAGGAUGACAUAAACAACAGAAAUUAAAAAAAAAUAUUUCACUAUUUUCAUUUGAUUUGUUUUUGUAAAUCAAAGAUAAAUGCAUCCACUUUAGUUUCUACAUGACAUUUAGUAUUUUAUUUAUUCUGAAUUCUUGGAAACAUAUUUGUAAUUUGAAAUUGAUAUUCCUUUGUUUUUUAAAAAAACAACUAUAAAAUUAAAUCUUAAAAUUCUCUU